AUGUCUGCUUUUCGUGAAAAAAUACCAAUUGAAGUGGAGGGUUUUUUCAAACAACAAGGGGCUGGGUCAACUAUUAAAUCAAAUGAUAUUGAGCAUGUUUCCCAUCUCUUCUCGAGAAACAAGUCGGCUAUUUCUUUGCAAAAUUGUGCUCAAUUUCAUAUGUGGCAAUUCCGCCAAGAUCUCUUCGUUAGUUGGGGGAAGAAUCCGCCCGAAUCGGAUCUUUUGAGGAACGUAUCGAGAGAGAAUUUGAUUUGGUUAGACAAUGUGUGGUUGGUAAACAAGGAUCGGUUUUUUUCGCAAGGUACGAAUGUAUCGUCAAAUAUUCAAUAUGAUUCCACAAGAUCUAGUUUCGUUCAAGUAAGGGAUUCUAGCCAAUUGAAAGGAUCUUCUGAUCAAUCCAGAGAUCAUUUUGAUUCCAUUAGUAAUGAGGAUUUGGAAUAUCACACAUUGAUCAAUCAAAGAGAGAUUCAACAACUAAAAGAAAGAUCGAUUCUUUGGGAUCCUUCCUUUCUUCAAACGGAAGGAACAGAGAUAGAAUCAAACCGAUUCCCGAAAUGCCUUUCUGGAUAUUCGUCAAUGUCCCGGCUAUUCACGGAACGUGAGAAGCAGAACAUUAAUCAUCUGCUUCCAGAAGAAAUUGAAGAAUUUCUUGGGAAUCCUACAAGAUCCGUUCGUUCUUUUUUCUCUGACAGAUGGUCAAAAUUUCAUCUGGGUUCGAAUCCUACUGAGAGGUCCACUAGAGAUCAGAAAUUGUUGAAGAAACAAUAA